CUCGAUUCUGGGUUCCUUCCUGUUGCCCUAAUUCGCAAGUUUUAGGCGGAGGAGGAGGGAAGCCGCAGGGUUCAGCGGAGGCGACGCGCGAGAUGGUGGCGUUUAGGUUUCAUCAGUAUCAGGUCGUCGGCCGGGCUCUCCCGACGCCGAACGAUGAGCACCCGAAGAUCUACAGGAUGAAGCUUUGGGCGACGAAUGAUGUCCGAGCGAAAUCGAAGUUCUGGUACUUCCUGAGGAAGCUUAAGAAGGUGAAGAAGAGCAACGGACAAAUUCUUGCCAUCAAUGAGAUUUUUGAGAAGAGGCCAACCAAGAUUAAGAACUAUGGAAUAUGGUUGAGGUAUCAAAGCAGGACCGGUUACCACAACAUGUACAAAGAAUACCGAGACACCACACUCAAUGGUGCUGUGGAGCAGAUGUAUGAUGAGAUGGCUUCUCGUCAUCGUGUGAGGUUUCCAUGUAUCCAGAUAAUCAAGACUGCGACAGUACCAGCCAAACUGUGCAAGAGAGAAAAUACGAAACAGUUUCAUGAUUCUAAAAUCAAGUUCCCAUUGAUCUAUAAGAAGGUUAGGCCACCGACCAGAAAGUUGAAGACCACAUUCAAGGCUUCGCGACCCAACUUGUUUAUGUAGGCUGAUAUCAAUAUCCACAAAGACUAGAUUUGAACUUUAGUUAUUGUAAGUUGAGUCAAGCACCAGAGAAGGCUGUUGCCUGUGGAUUUUGGUUCCCAAUUUAUUUUGUUGUGUUCUGCUUUGCGGUAAUUUUCUUUUUCUUUUUUGACAUUAUUAAUGCUUUUAGGGGUUUCACCUAUUUCAUUUGCAAUCAGUUCAUGUGGUAGUUAUUUGUCA